AAAUUUCCGUAAUCUAUAUUUAGUGUCCUUAGUUUGCGUCAUUUUCUUUUAAAAAUGCCGUCAAAGCCAACGGAUCAAGAGGCAAAUAUAUUUUUUGAUGAAAAACUGGCAAGCCGUGAGCGUAAUGAACAUAUAUCAGUUACUCAACAUACCGUUGAAAGUGAAGUUGAAUCAUUGCAUGACGAUUCGCAAGAUGAUGGAGACGAGCGAAUGAAUGAUUCAAUUCGAAAAGAAAAACAUAACCCAAAUGAACAGAAAAGAUUUAGCACAAACUCAAACAGUAAUAUCAACCAAUGUCGUAAAUGUUAUACGUCCAGAAGCGAUAAAACUGUAUCACCCAAAUGCUCUGGUUCAAAUCCUAUACAUAUUGCCAGUGUCCACAAAUCAGAGGAAGAAGUAGAUAAUGUCAUUGCCAAUAAACAUAUAGAACGAGAGGAAAAACAAACUGAGGAAAAGAACGAUGAAACGAAUGGACUUCUUGCGGAAGGAACAAAUACAAAGAAAUAUAGCAAUCGACCUAGUCGUAUGAUUUCAGUAACAUGUACCAAACUGCAGGUUGUCAUAGUUGGAAGCAUUGCUAUUGUUUGCCUAGCAUUAGUUAUAGCAGUAAUCUUACUUUUUAUACGAAUUAAAACUAUACAGGGACAUAAAAGACAUACUUCAAGUGAAAUAUCAUACGAUAUUAACAGUUUUACUUUGCAUGUUAACUGGAAUGACAUCGAAACUGUGAAUUCAAAACAAAAUGUUAAUAUUACAUGGUUUCCAGUGAAGCAAAACAAGUUUAUGAAUGUAGAAAGGGACAUCAUUAAUAUUAACCUUAAUGGAACAUAUGACCUGUACUUGUCUUUAAAUAUCGACAUACCAAAGUUAAAGGAAAAUGCAUCAAACGAAUCAAUAAGAAACAUAUCACUCAUUUGCCUUAAAACUAACCGAUAUGAGAACCUAUGUCAACGUCAUAGGUCAUUUCCAAAUACAGCAAGUACUGUACCUAUCAAAGGUGUUUUUCCUCUAUGGGAAGGAGACAAGAUAUGGGUUAGUGUGAUAGGAAUGAAUCAAAUUUAUCAAAGCAGAGCUAACAAUCGUCUUGUUAUUACCAAAUAUCCUCUUGGAAUAUAUAACUAACUAAUUAUCUUUACACCGACUUUUCGACGUUGUGCAUAAAGACUGCAAUUAACCUGGUUAUACAUGUACAGCUUUAAUAUUUACUAAAUUGAAAAUAAUGUUUUUGAAGUCGCCAUCCAAAAGCUGCAUUUGAACAUCUUAUCUUGCCGUUUUCAUCAAUGUAAACGUCCAUAGAACAACGCAAGAUAUAACCCGAAUAGUGACAAUACAGGCAAAACAAUCCGUACCUGGAAUUUAAUUUGUGCGGAAAAUAUAGUUGAGAAAAAUUAACAAAGACUGUUGGCUUUGAAAAGUAUAUAUGUGUUCAGCUGUAUGACAAUAACACUACUUAUAUGUGUAUUAAAGCUUCUGUGACUUGAA